GGAGAAGACACACUGCGGAGUUCAGCAGAGGAGAGAUGAAGACCGAACCACAGAGCUGUAAACACACACACACACACACAGACACUGAAGCAUCAGCAUCGGCAGCUCUGCCGUGGACUUUAACGUCACAUCUGUGAUUAUUCUGGGCUGGCGCUCUUCACUGUGUCUUAACAUGCUGCGAGGUGAAAGUGAUGCGCUGCUCGUUGCUUUGGUGCUCUGGAUGGGAACACUAUGGGGACAGAUCGCAAGCCAAGAUGAAACCGGUCUGACGCCGCCUCCAGCCAGCAUUUUUCCAGCGAUGCAGGUUCCAGCCCCAAAAGAAAGACCCAGAGGAGUCACAUCCAUCCUAGAGUCAGUCCUGUCUCAUAAAGAUCAUCUGCUGGCUCAGACGGGUGUCACACUUCCCUCUGAUCUGAGGCCUGUGUUCGGAGCCGGAGAGCUGAGGAAAGUUUUCCCUUCACACAGCGACACUGUUCACCCCAUCGUACCUCCAGCCGAUGACCUCCCCACUGAACCCCCAGAGGCCAUCGCAACACCCAUCUGGGACAACGUUUCCCCGACCGUCCGUCCUGAUCCUGAUGCUGAUGCUGAGCCGUCCGUCACCGCUGCUGUCCCGACCACUGUGAAUUCAGAGACGACGUCUGGCGUUCUCAGCCCAGCGCUAACUCACUGCAGGGUGAAUUUCAGCGAGCCGGAGGGCUACAUUGAUCCUUCAGAUGACCCGCCGCUUCCCGAGGCGGCGUUCCUGCAGUGCACGUACACGGUGACCGUAUACACGGGGUACGGCGUUGAGCUGCAGGUCAAAAGUGUCAACCUGUCAGAGGGAGAACAGCUGUCAAUCAGAGGGAUUGAUGAAGGCGGAGCCCUGCUCGUACUUGCCAAUCAGACACUUCUGGUGGAAGGUCAGGUGAUCCGCAGUCCAACCAAUACCAUCUCUGUGUUUUACCGCUCUUCUCCAGAGGGAGCCGUCGGCAUGUUCCAGCUGCAUUACCAAAUUUUUCGUCUGAGUUGUGCUCUACCCAGACGACCUCAUUUUGGAGAAGUGUCAGUAAAAGAUCUCCAUCCCGGAGGCACGGCUCAUUUCAUGUGUCACAUGGGAUAUCACCUGCAGGGGGACGCCACGCUCACCUGUCUCAACGCCUCACUUCCUGUGUGGAGUCAACACGAACCCAGCUGCAAAGCUCUAUGUGGAGGUGUCGUUAAAAACGCCACAGUGGGGCGAGUUCUGUCCCCGUCACCUCAGCCGGGCUCCAACGGCACUCUGGAUCGCAGCUGCUCGUGGUCCCUGGAGGCUCCGAACGGCCAGCGGCUUCACCUCCAUCUGGAGAGAAUGUUGUUAGGUCCGACAGACAGGCUGGUGUUAUGGAGCGGUCUGGACGCUGGUUCAGUGGUCCUGUUCGAUUCCGGCCGCGGCGGCCCCAUUCCGUUUGAGGGAGUGAUCAGCGAGGGACCGGCCGUGCGGGUUCAGUUCAUAACAGACCGACCCAACAACCACAACACUGGAUUUAACAUCCGUUUCGAGGCGUUCGAGAAAGGCCACUGUUACGAGCCAUACAUCCAGAACGGGAAUUUUAGCAGCACGGACCCGACGUACGCCGUCGGGACGGUCGUGGAGUUCACGUGUGACCCCGGACACUCGCUGGAGCAGGGACCACCUGUCAUCGAAUGCAUCAACACACGAGACCCCUACUGGAACGACACAGAGCCGCUCUGUAAAGCUCUCUGUGGCGGUGACCUGACGGGUCCCAGCGGUGUCAUCCUGUCCCCCAACUGGCCCGAGUGGUACGGCGAGGGUGAGGACUGCAGCUGGAGGAUUCACGUCGGUGAAGAUAAACGCGUCCUGCUCGACGUGCAGCUCUUGAACCUGAGCGACAGCGAUAUGUUGACCAUUUUGGAUGGCGAUGAGGUCACGACGCGUAUUCUCGGACAGUUUGUAGGAGGCACCAGCCCGUUUAAGAUGUCGUCCUCGACCCCUGACCUCACCGUCACGUUCCACUCGGAUCCAGCCGGGCUGGUGUUCGGGAAGGGUGAGGGCUUCAUCAUCAACUACAUGGAGGUGUCACGCAAUGACUCGUGUCCGGACCUGCCCGAGAUCCAGAACGGCUGGAAGACCACGUCUCACGCGGCUCUGGUUCGAGGAGCCCACAUCACGUACCAGUGUGACCCCGGUUAUGACCUGGUGGGCAGUGAGACGCUGACCUGUCAGGUGGACCUCAGCUGGAACACUCAACCUCCCUUCUGUGAGAAGAUUAUGUACUGCACAGACCCGGGGCAUGUCGAACACUCCACUCGCACGCUGUCUGAUCCUAAACUGCUGGUUGGCACCACCAUCCAAUAUAGCUGCAUUCCCCGAUUCAUCCUGCAGGGCGGCGCCACACUCACCUGCUACGGCCGUGAGCCUGGAACACCCGUGUGGACGUCACGAUUGCCUCAUUGUGUUUCGCAAGAAUCUGUGUCCUGUGAGAACCCAGGACUCCCAGACAACGGCUACCAGAUUCUG